GCUGCUGAGGGAAUUCACUUCUGACUCCCAGUGUGGUUUUCCAGAUUGGCCACUACUUCCAACUUUGCUCCAAGUUUGAUGAUCUUGGAGGCAGAUAUAUUUCAGAAUUCUUCACUCCAUCCCUUUCUGAUCUAUAGUCAGCAGGGUUCUGUGUCUCAACUCCUCAAAGCUCAUGGAACCCCUUGCCCAGAGGUUCUUAUUCACCCAUAAUCAGGACUCACAGCCACAUCUCCUAUCUCUUUCUGCCUUCCUGGGGACCUGGCUUCCUACGAGCAAAAUGUCCCACCAGAAGGAGAGUGGCCUGUCUAGUAGCUGAUAUUCUUGGGACAGAUUCAUGGACUCGAAAUUCAGCACCAUCACCUACUAAACAUGUGGCUUUAUCUGAGUUUGUGAAAAUGAUGUCUCGUUGAGGAGGUCCUGGAAGGUCCAGAUGUUUUCUGCCUGGCAACAUGGAUGAAAUGCUUGUGGAAGACUGAAUCUCCAUGGCCCCUUGCGUGGCAGAAUGUGGGACGGUGGAGCAAGUGGCCUUGCACCAAUAUGGAGGAGGUGACAGUGAAGGCAGUAGCUUGUGGGAUGAGGAUGGGAGUCAGGCAUAAAACCAGCUUCAGAAAGAAGAGCCCAUGUAUGAAAUAUCAGCAUACUAAGGCCCAGUGGCUAUUUGCAAAAGACCAAAGAUUAAUAACACUUUCCCCCUCAUACAGCCCUAAAUUCCUGACACCUGCCAGAGUCCCUUCCCUAGCUUCACCUUUACACUCAAGUCUAGACUUCAGCUUCUGCAGGAGGGAAUACACCAGUCCUGGGGAGAGAAACUGGGGUCUUGGUACUGCUGGACUUGGAAAGGGACAUUAGGAAGCCUCAAGGGGGGCUUUCCUGAGUUCCUGGAAGCAUAGUCUAUUUUUUCCCUUCUGACCUCUCCCUUCUCUUGGUGUAAGAUCCUCAGGGGAACUGAAUUAAAUCACAAAGCUGGAUUAUGAAGGUUUAGGGCAAGCUGAUCCUCCCUGGGGAAUUAAUCCCCUACAAAAUAUGAUGGAGAGAGAAAGAGAAAGAGAGAGAGAGAGACAGAGAGACAGAGACAGAGAGAGGGACAGAGAGACAGAGAGACAGACAAAGAACAGGGACAGAGACAGAGAAACACAGGAUCCUCCAAAUCCCCUGCUUAACCAGCUGAUUGAAAAGCCAGUCCUGGAGGUAACCUGCCUCCAUGCUGGUCCACCCUGGGAUGCUGUAGAAAAGUCUCCGAGUUAUAUGUGAAGUGUGCUCCACCCCACACAUCCUGCUAUUGCUCUGUGCUGUGAUACUGAAAAGAUCACUCCUCCACUUGAGAACAGUACACCUCAGCGAUGUCCAGUUCCUCAAAAUAAAGACUUCAUUUCACACCUUCCUCUAACUUUUUUCUCACUUCAAAGUCUGUGAAGUGGGUGUAUAGAUUGGGUUGUUUGAUUCAACAACCUUGGUUUAUAGAAUUAAAUGUGGAAUCAAAAUAAUAUAGUUUCUAACUUCUUACCUUUGGAAACUCUUUUUGUGUUAUUCUUUAUUAUCUUGGACAAUUUUAUUUUUAAGGCCCAUAACACCUCUCUCUCUCUCUCCUUCCUUCCAUGUUCAACAACAAUAUAUUCAAGCACUGCUAGUGCAAGGGACCUAUAUAUAACAAUGAAUAAAACACAUAAACCUCUGGACCUCAGGAGCUUGCAUAAUAUUAGGGGUAACAGACAUGGAACAAAAAUAACAGAUACAAUAGAAACGAUACAAGCUGAGAACAACUAUGAAAAAAACUGACAGUAAAAAGGUUUGUGGAGUUCUGUGGGGGAUAUCAGGAAGCUCACUGAGCAUGUGUGUUUGCUUAUUUAGGGAAGACCAUUUGAGGCAGAAUGCAUGCAAUGUAUAACCAUGCUAUGCUACUGGGGGAAUAGCAAGGAGACCAGGAUUUCUAGGAGGAUGAAUGAGUGGUAAGCACUCAAAUCAUGAAAGGAUGAAUUUAGAGACCAUCUCAAGGAUUUGGAAGAUUUUUUUGCAGAAGAAUGGCAUGGUCCAGCUCACCCUUUAAAACCAUGGCUUCCCCAUUCCUCAGCUCCAACUCAUUCUGUUUAUACCCUCACCUAUCUACCCAUUAUUCACUUCUUCAAAAAUUAUUGGCCAAAUCCUCAGCACCUGGCAUUGUCUUAGUUAAUAUAAGAAGGGUAAGGGAAGGGAACCUUACCUCCAGGAGCUUAUAUUCUGCAAGAAUGCAGGGUCCUCUGUGAUGACACGAAUGCUCUAGAUCUGCUAUAAUCAUCAGGACAACCACAAGCCCAGUGUGGCUACUGAGUUCUCAGUUUUUAGGGCCAAGAAACUUAAUUUUAUGGUAUCAUUUUAUUAACAGAAUUCUAUUGAUAAAGAAUAUUAAUGACAAGUUAAAUUUAACCCCCAUCUGACUAGAGAUUGCUAUAUUCCACAGCAUGACUUCAUGCAGCAACCCUGAGGUUAUCCUGAGACUCUUCAUAGGAAGAGACUUGUGCUGGAGUUUGCCUUCUUGGCAAUUAUAUUCUAGUGUGAUGGGAAAAGAAAAAUUAUGAUAUUUAAGAGAGGUUCAGAUUGGGACAAAUACUUUGUGGAAAAAAAAUUAGGUGGUAGGAUACAGGAAGAAUUUUGGAAGGGUAAAGUGUCUUAAUUAGAAUUUUCAGAAAGGCAGAUCUUGAAGAUGGGGUGACCCUGGCUGGGUUUUCAGAGCUCCUCUGCUCUCUGGAGAUGAGUAAGCAGGAGGUUCACCAAGAAGUUUCUGUGGGGUCAACACUAUAAAUGGAAGGGAAGGACCUAGCAUUGAGCAAAAAGAGAAGUGAACUGUGCACAAGUUUGAAAACCUUGGCUGAACCUACUAAAGUUCCAGACACAGGCAGCUUCCUGAGGCACCUCAGCCUGUGGUGAGUGCCCAGCACAGUCUGCCCAAAUCUCAGACUGUUCCGGACCCCCCAGGCUUCUGGGUGCAGUGAAGUGGAGCAGUGGGUUAGAGGCCACUACAGCUGCCUCCCCCCCCCCCCCCCCCCCCCCCCCGCUACACUUGGAAGUCUGCUGAGCUCCUGACGGAUGGGCGGGCCUACACUAACCCCCGAGCCCAGCCGCGCCUAGCCAACUGCCUGCAGAGGAGGAGCUGGGCAGAUCUGGAGUGCCUGCAGAAGUCCCUUCCUUUGCCUAGAGGACUGUGGAUAUCUCUGCAAGCAGGGAGGGAUCACAGGCUCCUGAGGCACUGUGGCCUGUGGAGAGCACCCUAACCCGGCUGCAAUUGAAGAGCUGUGGAUCUUCCAAGGGGCAGGUGGGCGCACAGUGUCCCUGAGGCCCAGCUUGUCUGGAACUGCGGAGUUCUGAGCAGGCAGAGGAGGGACACUGGUUCUGCAGGCCCAAUGGCUUGGGGAAGUGCGGUGUCAGAGGCUCAGUAGCUCCAAGCAUAGAAGGGGAUUUUCAACAGAUCCUGAGGAAGCUUUCAAAUAACACUUGAAACACAGAAAUAUACAAAAUGACAAAACGAAAGACCAAAUUACAACCUCAAACCUCCAGCCCAUCUCAGGAAACCCUAGGAGCAAUGUAUAUAGAAGAAAAUAUAUCCCAUCCACCUCAUAUAUCGGACAUAAUAGCUACUGAAGUUGACAAACAACUCCAGGAAGCUUUAAAGAAAUUCAAACUCGAAAUAAUCUCGCAGAUAAAAGAAGAAAUGAUAAAAGAAAUGAAAGAGAUUCUAAAUAUAUCUAAAGAAAACACAGAUAAAAAAUUGGAGGAACUAAACAAAAAGAUAGAAUCCCUAGACGAGCAAUAUAAGAAACAAACAGAAUACAUAAUGCAGAUGCACAGAGAUAUACAGGAAAUAAAAAACUCCACUGAAAGUUGUAAAAACCGCCUUAAUGAAAGUGAAGAUAGAAUUUCAGACCUUGAAGACAUGAUUGCAGCUAGUGAACAGGAAAGGAAAGAUCUUUUGAAAAUAACAAGGAAUCAGGAAACAACAAUUCAACAACUGCAAGACGAUGCAAAGAAGAAUAACAUAAGAAUGAUAGGGAUUAAUGAAAGAGAGGGAGACAACAUAAAGGAUGUCAAGCGGAUAUUUAGAGAAGUAAUAGCUGAAAAUUUCCCAAGCAUGAGAUCAGAAACUGACAUCAAGAUCAGUGAAGCAUAUAGAACUCCAAACACUCAUAACCAAAAUAAAACUACACCCAGACAUAUAAUAAUCACCAUCCCAGAAAUCCAACACAAGAAUAGAUUACUAAAAGCUGUCAGAGAGAAAAGACAGAUCACUUAUAAAGGAAAACCUAUCAGAAUCACAGCAGACUUCUCAGCACAAACGAUAAAGUCAAGAAGAGCAUGGAGUGAAAUAUUCCAGAUCCUAAAGCAAAGUGAUUUCCAACCAAGACUGAUAUAUCCUGCAAAACUAUCAUUCAAAAUAGAUGGUGCAAUACGAUACUUCCAUGACAAAGAACAGCUGAAGAACUUCAUGAACACCAAACCGACCCUGCAAAAAAUAUUGAAAGACAGUUUAGAUACACAAAGGAAAAAACCACUAAGCAAAGCAAAUAAUUAAACAGAACAGAAAGAUAAAGAUGCAACAGCAGAGAGAUAACAUUCCUACAAUUAACCAGCAUUUAACAGUAAUAACCAUUAAUGUAAAUGGUCUCAAUGCACCAAUCAAAAGAAACAGACUAGCAGAAUGGAUCAAGAAACAAAAUCCAACCAUAUGCUGUUUACAGGAAACCCAUCUAACCCAGAAGGAUACUCACAGACUGAAAGUCAAAGGAUGGAAAACAAUUCUUCAUGCAGCAGGAAUCCAGAAAAAGGCAGGAGUAGCCAUUCUGUUUGCAGACAACGUGAACUUUAAACCAACAAUGACCAUAAAGGACAAAGAAGGUCACUACAUACUUGUAAGGGGAAAACUCCAAGAGGAAGAGAUAACUAUCUUAAAUAUAUACGCACCAAACUCCAGAGCACCCAGUUAUAUAAAACAAUUAUUAACAGAAAUGAAAACUCAAAUUAUCAGUAACACAAUUGUAACAGGAGACCUUAAUACGCCAUUGACACCAAGGGACAGAUCAACCAGACAGAAAAUGAGCAAAGAAAUAACAGAACUGAAUCAUACCUGUGAACAAAUGGGUUUGAUAGACAUAUACAGGAUGUUCCACCGAACAACAUCAGAAUCCACAUUCUUCUCAGCAGUACAUGGAUCAUUUUCUAAAAUAGACCAUAUAUUAACUCACAGAACAUAUUUAAACAAGUGCAAAAGAGCUGAAAUCAUCCCUUGCAUGUUAUCGGAUCAUAGCGCUCUGAAAUUAGAAAUUAAUGAUAAAAGAUACUGCAAAAAUCCCACAAACACAUGGAAACUGAAUAACACACUCUUGAGUAAUCAGUGGGUCACAGAGGAAAUUAAAGAAGAAAUCAAACAAUACCUAAAAGAAAAUGAAAAUACAGAUACAACUUACCGGAACCUGUGGGAUGCAAUGAAAGCCGUCCUGAGAGGAAAAUUUAUUGCACUGAGUUCCCACAUCAGGAAAACAGAAUGAAUACAAAUAAAUAACUUGAUGCUACACCUCAAACAGCUAGAAAAAGAAGAGCAAGUCAAGCCCAAAGCCAAAAGAAGAGAGGAAAUUAUAAAAAUCAGAGCAGAAAUCAAUGCAAUAGAGACUAAGAAAACAAUCCAAAGAAUCAACAAAUCAAAGAGUUGGUUCUUUGAAAGAAUAAAUAAAAUCGAUAAGCCCCUAGCCAACCUUAUUAAAAAAAGGGAAGAAAAAGCUCAAAUUCAUGCAAUAAGAAAUGAAAAAGGAGAAAUCACUACAGACCCAAUAGAAAUACAGAAGAUCAUCAACACCUACUUCGAAAACCUCUACUCUCAAAAGUUUGAUAACACAGAAGAAAUAGACAGAUUCUUAGAAGCAUAUGAAGUGCCAAAGCUAGAUCAAGAGGAUGUAAAACUGUUGAAUAACCCAAUCUCUGUUACUGAAAUUGAAAAUGUAAUUAAGUCCUUACCCACCAAGAAGAGCCCAGGCCCAGAUGGAUUCACUGCAGAAUUCUACAAGAAAUACAAAGAAGACCUAAUGCCGACACUCCUCAAACUGUUCAAUGAAAUUGAAAGGGAAGCAAUCCUUCCUAAGUCGUUCCUGGAAGCAAAUAUUACUCUAGCACCAAAACCUGAGAAAGACCCAACUAAAAAAGAGAACUAUAGACCGAUCUCCCUAAUGAACACAGAUGCAAAAAUCCUCAAUAAAAUAUUGGCAAAUAGGAUCCAGCAAAUCAUCAAGAAGAUUAUACACCAUGACCAAGUGGGAUUCAUCCCAGGAAUGCAAGGAUGGUUCAACAUACGCAAAUCAAUAAAUGUAAUCCACCAUAUCAAUAAAGCCAAAAAUAAGAAUCACAUGAUCAUUUCUAUAGAUGCAGAAAAAGCCUUCGAUAAGGUCCAACAUUUAUUCAUGAUAAAAACUCUACAGAAAAUUGGAAUAGAUGGUCUUUACCUCAAUAUAAUAAAGGCCAUUUAUGACAAACCAACAGCCAGCAUCAUUCUAAAUGGCCAAAAAUUGAAAGCCUUUACUUUAAAAUCAGGCACAAGACAAGGAUGUCCUUUAUCACCACUCCUAUUUAAUAUAGUACUGGAAGUACUAGCCAGAGCAAUUAGGCAAGAAAGAGAAAUAAAAGGGGUAAAGAUAGGAAAAGAAGAAGUUAAGUUAUCAUUGUUUGCAGAUGACAUGAUACUCUACAUAGAAGACCCCCUAAACUCCAUUGAAAUACUCUUAGAUACAAUAAAUAAAUUCAGUAAUGUGGCUGGAUACAAAAUCAAUACUCAGAAAUCAAUAGCAUUCCUAUACACGAACAACAAAAUUACAG